AAGACGAUAAUUUCAGUCUUGUUUACGUUGGUUGGCUAACAAAUUCUCUGAAUGGCCAAAUGGCCUUAAGUCCAUGCUGUUCUUGUUUGUUUUGUAACAGUCGACCUUGAUGUUAUCGAGACUGCGCCGUAGCUAUGAGUAUUAGCGAGCAGGAUUCAGGUAACUAGCAUUAGCUCUCGAACUGACAUGGACGAACCGUGGGAUUUCGAGUUCCUCUCUCGCGUCGUGGACAGUUUAGUGUCGUUUCUGGCCGAGUUUGUGGACGACUGGCUGGCCAACGACAUGAGAGUCGCUGUGUUCAAAAUACUUUUCAGCUGGCUUAUCGUCAGUUUAAUCGCCAUACACUUCGCUUGGAAAGUGUACGGUAAUACGGUGAACGACAUGUACUACAGGCAAGGAACUGGGGGGCAGAAUGGUGGCACACCAGAUACAGCACCUCACCUGAGUGGAUGGUAGGUGUCCAGACUUCUUUGCUUCCAGGGAUAAUGCUGCCAGAGAAAUCCUGAAGUCACAUCAUGAGUGAUCAGACAAUAGCUCGGUUCAUAUUUUGGCUUUGGCGGACCAUGAUGACUCAUCAGACCUAGGACUUCAUGGGGAACAAUUAAGACAGUCUUGAGAUGUCGUUGUGAUAUCUGUGGCACAAGAUGACCAAAAAAAGGAACCAGUUCUAAUGCUUGGUGAGAAGGAAUCAAAGGACUGUGACUGACUUUUGAGACAUAUAGCAGCACUUUGUUGAAAAGACUCUUUGUAAAAUGUAAAUUAUAUGAAUGCUCAUUUGGAUUCAUGUCCAUCCUUUCAGCUGCAAGCUUGUACAUAUAGCAUUGAAAAGUCUCAGAAUGCUCCGAUAUCGGGCAGCCAAUUUUAAAUGUUAUUUAUAUCAAGAUAUUUAGCAUUACUUAACCUACACACAAUUCUAAUAAUAAAAUUGAUAAAGUGAACUUAACUGUUUUGUAUUAAUCAGAUGACCCAGGAAAAACAUUGCAAUGCAACAUUAUCUUUGUCCUACAGAAAAUACUGGGAUUUCACCCUAAUUUCACCAGCAGCUUAGACGUUCAAGGAAAAAGUUCAUAUAUUUGCCUGCUAACUAGCCAGUCAGUUGUUUCUGUAGCUUAGCAGACUGUAUACAUCAUGCAUAUGCACUGUGAAUAAAACCACUGACACACUGCUAUUGCAACAAUAAAGGCAAUUUUUACAGAUGA